GGCCCUGUUUACAUACGAGGGUAACAGCAAUGACCUCAGAGUGGCAGGGACUGGAGAUGGUGGUCUGGAGGAGAUGGUGGAAGAACUCAAUAGUGGGAAAGUAAUGUAUGCUUUCUGCCGAGUGAAAGACCCCAACUCUGGUUUGCCCAAAUAUGUGCUUAUUAAUUGGUUUGGUGAAGGUGUUAAUGACGUGAGAAAAGGAGCCUGCGCCAACCAUGUCAGCUCAGUGGCAAACUUUUUGAAGGGUGCUCAUGUGACAAUAAAUGCUCGGGCUGAUGAGGAUGUGGAACCAGAGACCAUUACAGAGAAAGUGGCCAAGGCUUCAGGGGCAAACUAUAACUUCCAUAAAGAAGGGAGCAAGUUCCAGGAUGCAGGACCACAAGCUCCUGUGGGCUCCGUCUAUCAGAAAACAAAUGCUAUGUCUGAGAUUAAAAGGGUCAGCAAAGAUAACUUUUGGGCCAAAGCAGAGAAAGAUGAGGAAAAUCGCCGGCUAGAAGAGAAGAGGAAGGCAGAGGAGGAACGUCAGCGUUUGGAAAAGGAGCAUCGGGAUCGGGAAUUGCAAGAAGCAACUUUACGGGAGAGAAGAUUUAAGGAGCGAGCCAAUGAGAUUGAUGCUCAGAGGAAAUUCCAGCAACAACAGGAAGCCAACUCAAGAGAGAAAGAUAAACAACAAUGGAAGGAACAAGAAGAAGAUCGCACCAAGAAAGGUUUCCCAAGGAGGAGUGAGUCUGUGGAGAAAGCUCAGGAAGCAGCAUCACUAGUAGCUCAACGAUCAGUGAAUCCUCGUGAGAUCUUCAAACAGAAGGAGAGGUCCAUGUCUACAGAAGCAGCCACCGCCAUCAGCUCCCAGCCAGGCAAGUUACGGAGUCCUUUUCUUCAGGAGAGAAGUCAGGUGGAGGGUCCCGUAUCCCCUGUCCAACUUGCUACGCAAGAUGUUCCUUCUCCUCCUGUUGUUCGUUCGUCUGGUCGCGACACACCUCCAGUUUUGCCUGUUCCUGAACUUGGUGAUUCUGUCAAGCAGGAAAACCACAAGGCAGGGGCUGCAAUCUAUCAGCCCGAGGUGGAACAUGAGGCGGUGUAUGAGGAACCCCCAAGCCAGCGGGUGAUCUAUGAUGAGCCCCCCGAGCCUGAAGAUGCUAACUAUGAUUAUGCUGAGACCUACCAACAAAACCUCAGCCUGGAGGGAAAAGGUGUAUGUGCCCGUGCUCUCUAUGAUUACCAAGCUGCUGACGACACCGAGAUCUCUUUUGACCCUGAGAACAUUAUCACAAACAUCGAGAUGAUUGACGAGGGCUGGUGGCGAGGUUACGGCCCUGACGGCCACUUUGGGAUGUUUCCAGCCAACUACGUGGAACUCAUUGAAUAAGGCAUCCUUGCACUGGGGGACAAGUGCAAGUAAUGUCUGAAAGACCAACUCUCCUCAAAUCCAGUUCUUGGAGGCAAAGCUGUGUAUGAUUUUUAUUAUUUUUUUUAAAGAGAGAGAUGCCAUUGCUUGUGCCCCCAUUCCUGGCAAAGCCUCUGUAUCUGCCUGAUGAUUUGUUUUCCUUAACAGGCAUUCUCAAGUGGAGAUAGACAUCAAUUUGGGCAAUGCACAGUGCUUGUUCAAAGAGGGAGAAAGAUCAUGUAGUGGGAAAAGCACUGGACAAAACCAUCCCCUCUAGACACACACAGACUACGGUACUCUCUGGAAUAUCAGCCUGAACUCUUUUGAAGAAAGGGAAGCGAUUGCCCCAGCAGCGUUUGCUCAUGUCUGCGGAUCUUUUCAAUCCACCCGUUGCCGCUUUGCAAGGUAGCAUCAGAGAAAAGAAUCUUACGAAAUGCCUCCAUUAGCAUUAACUUUGAUCUAGGCUGCAGCCCACAACCCACUUAUUCCAGAGCGCUGCUUUGGAGAAAAUGGAUUGUGCGGAACUGCUUCGGAGGUGCAGCCUACUUGGAAUUGCUCCAAGGGAAAACUGAUGGAAACGAGUGGAAUUAUCAAUGCCUUCUGCAGGGUUCUUUUGUGCAGCUUCAUUCCAUUUCAGUGGAGCCAUUCUGUAGGGGAAGACUCUGCCCUCCCACCCCUCCGCCGCUUGUAUGUAAGCUGACGGGUGUUGGAAGCUCUUGGAGUCUUUGUGGAAACUCUCUGCUUGCAGCAAAGCAAAAGGGUCUCCUGAUAGGUCUCGUGAGAGAGGAGAAUUUGGGUAUCGACUCUGUCCCCACAGAUCAUGAACCAGUUGCCCCCAAAUCAGGGCUUAGCACUGAGCCAGUGGCAGGCGCACACAGCUUUAACUGUUACGCUUGUGUGUCCAUGCGGCGAGAUUUGGUUUGGUUGAUAUAGGAGAACUGUGGUUCAAUUACCCUUUCUGGACUAUAGGGGUGGGGGGAUAGAAAUACAUUAAAUCUGGCUUCAGUAAAAUUUGAAGUAAUUUCUUCCUCUGCCUUUUUUGUAGUUUUAUUUAAAACAACUAGAAUAUAGAAAAACAUCUGGCAGCAGAAUACAUGAGGGUGAUACCAGUUGUAAGACUGGAUGUUAAAUAACUUUAGGCCCAGUCUUUCCUACCACUUCCCGUCACGGUAUAGAGGUAUAAUGUUUAACCCCCAAAAGGCAGUUUUUACAUUCAUUUUGUUUCUCUGGCUCAAGAUAGUUUUGAUGGGGUUUUCAGGGGCUUUUUAUAACUCUACCCAGACAGAUCAAAGAAUGUGUUGGAAGAGACCUUCACUGCAUUUAAACCAAUUCCCUGGUCAGUGUAGGUAUUCACUUAACCAUCCCCAACAGGUAGCCAUCCCACCCUUCUUUUAAAGCCUGAAGUGAGGGCAAGGCCAUGAUUCUCACUUAACCAUCUUAUUUGUAGGAAAUUCAUCCUCAUGUUCAUCCUGAAUCUCCUCUCCAUAAAUUUCAGCUCUGGGAUUCUUGCCUUGCUCUUUAUUUCAGCAGAGAACAGGUCUGCCCCUCUUACAUGACAGCUUUCUAGAAAUGUGUAGAAGGCUAUCAUCUCUUCCCCACCUUUUGUUUUGCAAACAGUACGUCCAGCUCCUCUAAUAGUUCUGCCUCAGUUGCCAGACCUAUUGCUUGUCAUCCUAGGAUCUCUCUGUUGAGCCUGCUUCAGCUUUUGCCUAUCCCUUUUCAAGUCUGGUGCCCAUUUUUGGGUACAGUAUUUGGCUCUUAAGUGCAGUCACAUUGGCACAGAGCUCAACAAAGAUACCCAAAGAGGCCUUUACUAUUUGCUUAAGACUAGUGUUGCAAAAGUAAUGUUAUUUGAACCCCAUCCUUCAUAGCCUUUAUUUGUAAAGCCACAGUGAUUAUGGAAACGAGAAUUUAAUGCAGCUGCUUUAUCCCUCCCAGCUACUAUUCCUUUAAUAGCAUUUUCAAACAGGAGAGUUUUAAAGAUAACAAAACAGUGGCUAGAAACUGAACUUUCCCUUUUCCAUUAUACCUUUACCUAUAUGUAACAAAACGUCUACCACUCUGUAGGUUGUUGUCUUGACUUUGGCAGGUCAAGAGCUGCCCUAAGUGCUAAGUGAGUCAAAAAGUCAGUGAAGCUAAGGCAAAACUGAGUUGGAUUUAGUUUGCAUUUCAGUGGGAUCGAAAUGAUGCUAAUUUGGUCCGAUGUAUUUAAUAUAGUUUUCUCCAUGCAUUUACUAAUAACCUCACCUUCUGCCCCAUUAAAAUUAGCUUGAUGCCAGGCUUAGGAGGAGCUUUGGAGGUGGGGAGCAUAUCAAGUUCUUCAGGGGUCACAGGCAGCUUUAGGACUCAGUUUGCGCACCUUUAUCCUAAAGAUGAAGAUGUUUUUUAAAGACACAACUCACAAUGCAAAACAAAAACUGAAUGCUAAAUCUGAUGUUUCUCCUGAUUCAGCAGCUUUGGGAAUAACAUUGGGAUUUACUUUUUUCCUUUCUUUUUUUCUUUUUUUAAGAACAAUACAGAACAUUUCCCUUUGCAAAUGGCCACCACUGACCAGCUGUGAUUUGCAGGGAUUCUUGUGAGAUAAUUUGUAUUUGAAUUGUCCAUCAUCACAUAGAAUCAUUGCUUAUUUCAAUUGCUUUUCAAGUUCAAAUUCUCCUUUUUCUAGCCUUCUGAUAUGUCUGAAGAUUUAUGGUGGGAGUAAAAGCUAGUAAAUUGUGACAAAAGACAAGAAUUAAAAUGAAAUAAGCCUA